AUGGAGGCACAAAAAUAAACAGCAUCCUAAACUCUUAAUGCUAUUUAGCAUGCAGAGCGAGUCUUGAAAAAUCAUCUGCAAAUUGAAAGUAUCUAUGAUAUCUAGAUUCCUUAGUUGGAAUUAAAGUUCGAAGAUGUAUAUGAGCUGAAAUCUCUUCUUGGAGAAGGAGCAUUCGGAGUGGUUCUUGAAGUCCAAAAUCUCAUCUCAAAUGAGAUCUCUGCGCUAAAAGUAUAUAACCAAUAAAUUAAAGUCAUUUAGAUAAUCAGCUAAAAAAAUUAGCAAGUCUUUGAUACAAUGAGAAAUGAACUUAUUGUACUUUAAGAUUUACAACACCCUAACAUUAUUAGGUUCAAAUAGGUAACUUAUAUUUUCUAAAAUGAAUUGCUAUAGAUUUUGUAUUCUAGCGACUAUGUAUUUAUUGAAAUGGAGAAGAUGAAUGAUGGUUCACUUGAGCAAUUGAUAGACAGUCUCUAUGAAAAGGGUUAAGAAAUUCUUGACGAAGAGUAUGAAGCUAAGAUUGCAGACUUUGGGCUGUCUGCUGAAUAUAAGUUCAACGUAUUCUCAGGAUAGGAAAAUAUUGAUGAAAAAAUGGGAACAAUAUUAUACAUGGCUCCCGAAUAGGCUUUAGGCUAACGUUACGGAAAGAGAAUUGAUAUGUGGGCUUGCGGUGUUAUUAUGUAUAAAGUUCUUACUGGGGAGCAUCCCUUUUAUAAGAACGGUGAUGAUGAGAAAUCAUACAUUAAUAGAAUCGCUCAUUAGGAACUAAAGACCAAAGUCUAAUUGAGUGAGCAAGCAGAAUCACUAUUUUGGAGACUAUGUUCAAAAAGUUUGUAAGAAAGGUAUUCAGUUCAUCAAGCUAUUAAGCAUCCUUGGAUCACAAGAAAUCCUUUCGAUGUUGCCCCCUUAACUCAAGGAGAAGAACUAAAAUUAAUUGAAAUCGAAUCGAUUCUAAGAAGAGCUCAGUAAGCAAUGCUGUUCUUAGGAAUAUAAAAAGUCAAUUAAAUUGGAAGUUAUCAUCCUUCACCUUCUUGUGAAAUUUCUGAGAGUUAUAAAAAAAGAAUAGAGUAGGCAAAUGAGGGAUUUUAUCUCAACAGAUCUUUUCAAAAUUAUAGUCCAAAAAGUUCUUAAUGCACAAAUGGUGGUGAGAAAGAUCUCUCUGAUAAUGAUGCAUACCUUGAUAGAAUAAACUAUAAGAAUGAUCAAUCUUCAUACAGAUAAAGUUUAAAAGAGAUUUCCAGUGAGAGAUUGAGUAUAAUGAAUGGAAUUUAGGUUAUUAAGUAGAAAAAUAAUUCUCGCCAUCGUCCACCUGCAAUAGUAAUAUCGAAAAAGAAUAUAAAUAUGGAGCCAAAAUCUGCAUAGAAAGUUAAAGGAGAUAAUGUUAUUAGCAACAUUGAUCCGAUGCAUAGAACUAUGUUUUAAAAUAACCCACAUACUGAAGAAUCUCAAGAACUAUCGCCUCUUACAUUUUUAAAUGGAUUGAAUGAGAUUAAAUAAUAAAAAAGAUCUACACUUCAAUAGGAAAAAGAUUAAUCAAAGGGAACUUCUUUUAAUUAGGAAUCCCCUAUGUUUCCCUAGAAAAUGCAUUAAUUCACUCCUUCUAUUAAUAAAAGAGCUAAUCAUAGUGGAAAAGGUAGUCUUGAUAAUAUAAAUUAGCGAACAAAUACGAGCAGCAACUCAGGGCUAAAUUCUAAUUGUAUAAACACCGAUAUAAAUAAAAUAAAAAAGUUAGAUCUAAAGACCUCAAAUAAAAAAAUUGUCAAGAAUCGUCCAAAUAAGAUUCCAAUGUCCUAGUUGUAAAUCUAACCUCAACAUAAGUCUGAAGGACAAGAGCCUGAUAAGUAAGGAUCUCAAUAAUCUAAUUAAGGAGUAAUCAAUCUCAUCAAAAUGAGUAAUUAGCACUAAGAUUCUAAAUUCAAACCAUCAAGACCUAUUUAAAAGAUCAAACCGGGGUAAAUUAGCUCAAAUAUCCUAGGAGAGGUAAAUGUAGAAUAAAAAUAAAACAGAAUCAGUCUACUGUCUAAGAAGGAUUCGAGUUCCAAUAUGUUCAUACCCAUUGAGGCUGAUGACUAUUCGUAUUGCAAGAGUAUUAUAGAUAGCCAUCCAUCAAAGAUACUACCUACCGUAGACAAUAGCAAUAUAUCAUCUUGUGAAAAUAGAAAUAUCUUAGGCCAAUCUGAAUUCUAAAAGCUUAAUCACUAACAUUUAGGUCAGUAGUAUUAGCAGUAAGUUCUACCGUAAAAUGAUGUAUUCUUUUCAUAAGCAAUUUAAAAACCAAAUAAAAGAGUCUUACUAAAUAAUAAGAAAAAACUCUCUGUGGCCAACUCAGAAGAUUUUUCUAUAUCUAAAGCAGUUUUCAUUGAGAACUUGGGUAACUUUUAAUCUAGAUAGGACAGAACGUCUGAACCUCAAUUGCCCAUAAUUUCACCUUCCUAGGGAAGAUUGCAAAAGCCUUUCAUAAUAUAGUAGAGGAAGCAAGUUAAAAAUAAAUUUCCGAACAGCCCUUAAAUGGCAUCUCAGAGAGAAGGAUUACAAGUGAAUACACAGUAUUAAUCUAAAGCUAGCUUGGCUGAGUAGCUCAUGAAUCAAAUAAACUUGAUAGGUUCAACAGCUGUUACUGGCUUAAAUUCCUAUUCUUCACAACCAAACUAUCAUUAAGGCCUAGCUGAUAGCAAGCCAAUUGCGGGUAUUAAUGGCAAGCGCUUUAAGAAUAGCAAUAGAGUUAUAAUAAACUGUGGAGGGUAAGGUGAGUUAAAUGUUGGGAACCCAAAUUCAGUGACAAACACUCCAGGCUAAAACCAUAAAAAAUCUCAAUGA